CCAUGCUUUUACCUACAGCAGUGGGCAUAUUUAAGAAAAGCCGACGAGCCACACACGUCUACCCCUGGCAGGCAUCCUUCAGGUGGCCAAUCAACCAGCUCACGAUACCCACGGGUAGCACGGACACUGCCAUGGGACUGCCGCUCACUUUACUACGCGAGCUGUAGCUGCUGCUAUUGUACGGUAGUAUGCCGAAUAGGGAAGCUGGGUUGCAGCCACCGGCAUAUCAGACCGACUAUUUUGUGGUAAACAGCUGUGACGUCGCGGAAUUGCUUCCUCGCUCGCAGAACCUCUACGCAUAGGCCUUACCCGCACGUGCAAAAAUGAGCCUCGUCCCUGACAAUGAGCUAUAAGUACGGCAUUCGCCGUUGCCGUCUGAAGUCUGCAGUGAUGCAAGCUGGACAGUUUUAGAGCUUGGCAUUGAGAGGGCCGGGGACCAGCCUAGCUCUUCAUUCUUCAACCUCAAGUGUUUGGUUAUGUUCAAGAACAUUUACACAUCAUGAAGUCUACUACUGUAUCUUUAGGAUGCCUGUCGGCACUGGUUGCUGGUACUAUGGCCGGGGCCAGCUAUCCAGCAAUCCCAUCUGACAGGACAACGCCUACACAGCUGCGCAUAUCCAUUAAAGACUCUAACUCUGUUGCCAUCGGUUGGAACACAUACCAGCGAUUGAGCAACCCAUGCGUACAAUACGGGACAUCGAGCAACAAUCUCGGGCUCUUGGCGUGCUCUGACAUCUCCAUCACGUAUCCCACCUCGCGGACGUGGGGCAACACGGUGACACUAACCAACUUGACGCCCGGCACAACAUACUAUUACAAGAUCACGUCGACGAAUUCCACCGUCGAGCACUUUCUCAGCCCCCGGUCGGCGGGCGAUACGGGUGCCUUCUCCUUCAACGCCGUUAUCGACCUCGGCGUGUACGGUGCCGACGGCUACACCAUCAAGCAGAAUAAGGCCAAGCGGGACACGAUCCCCCAAAUUGACCCCUCGCUCAACCACACGACAAUUGGGCGAUUGGCAAAUACCAUCAAUGAUUACGAAUUUGUCGUGCACCCGGGCGACUUAGCGUAUGCCGAUGACUGGCUUCUGAAGCCCAAGAAUCUCUUCGACGGCACGGAUGCCUACGCUGCUAUCCUGGAGCAAUUCUAUGGGCAGCUCGCUCCCAUCUCGAGCCGCAAGCCAUACAUGGUCGGGCCUGGUAAUCAUGAAGCAAACUGCCAGGAAAUCCCGUAUGGCCAAAUUCUCUGCGAAGUCGGCCAGAAAAACUUCACAGACUAUAUGAACCGCUUCGCGGAUCUAAUGCCAACGGCAUUCGCCUCGCGCUCGACAGACGACACGGCGCGCGCGAACGCCAACAAGGCGCAGAUGCUCGCGAACCCGCCCUUCUGGUACUCCUUCGAGUACGGCAUGCUGCACUACGUGAUGCUCAACACAGAGACGGACUUCGCGCAAGCGCCCGACGGAAAGGGCGGUUCAGCGGGGUUGAACAGCGGGCCCUUUGGCGGGAUGAACCAGCAGCUCGCGUUCCUAGAAGCAGAUCUUGCCUCCGUGGACCGCACCGUGACGCCUUGGGUCGUAGUCGGCGGACAUCGUCCAUGGUAUACCACCGGUAACACCGUCUGCGGGCCGUGCCAGGCCGCCUUCGAGCCCUUGUUGUACAAGUACGGCGUCGACCUCGCUAUCUUCGGCCACGUGCACAACUCGCAGCGCUUUCAGCCCGUGUACAACGGCACGCCCGACGCCGCGGGACUGCAGGAUCCAAACGCCCCCAUGUACAUCGUCGCCGGUGGUGCAGGAAAUAUUGAAGGCAUGGUCGAUAUAGGCAAGCGACAAUCUUACAACGAAUUCGCAUACGACGAUGACUUCAGCUAUGCCCGUAUUUCCCUGCUUGAUAAAAAUCGGCUGCGUGUGCAGUUUAUUCGGUCUGCGACGGGGCAGAUCCUGGAUGAGUCUGUGUUGUACAAGUCGCAUUCGACGCAGUUCGUCGUGCAAUAAAUAAAUGUGUCAUGGGAAAAUAUUAUUAGUCUCCUGCUGUCCUGGGAUCGGGUUGGUCGGGAUUGAGUGGCCGUUCACCAGCGAGGUUAGAGACUGAGUGUGGCUACCUCGUAUAUAAUAAAAUACACCCCUUAAUGCGAGAAACGAACGGGAGGGCAUAGGACCAAAUUGUCAUCGUCAACAUGAGACAGCCUUGAAAACUGAUGAUAAUCUAGGUAUCUUAAAGCUGAAACUGCCUAUGCAGUCUCUUAUACGGCGUUGAGUUCUCUAGAUAUUCUAGUAUCUGUAGUUGCUUACCAUUGCCUUACACCAUGUUGAUUAACCCGAAGCACACUUAUACUGCCUCACUUAUUGAG